AGCAAUAAGAUUUAUAGGGCCAGUUGGUUCAUACUGAAUGAAGGGUAAACUGCACGAAAGGAAGAAAUACAUACAGCGAAGCGGAGAAGCUGCGUUUCUAAAUGUCCUGUGUUUCUUCCUGUCAUCUUGACGUUUCGCGCAGUUUAGGCUCACGAGCCUGAAGAUCUGGCCAAAGUGCUUGAUCGUAGGACGAUCUUCAUCCCCACCGAAGCUUCUCACCACGUCAAAGAAGCUCUACAAAAAGAUAGAUGAGGUCGGUCUUUCAACACACGAGCCACAAAAAAGAAAAAAGAAGUCGGCUUUUUCAUUCCGUGAAGAUGGUUAAUCAGCGAAGCUGAAACGUGCCGCCCCUGUGUUUAUCACUGGGUUAAUCCCGAGGGUUCAUGAAAGUAUCUCUCAAUUAUGAGGUUACACACACAAUUUGCUGCGACGGAGAAACGUCACUGCGGUAUGCCUGCAGUCCGCAGUUGUCGCUUGCGUUCGAUGUCUCGAGUUUGCUCGUCGGCGUUGUUAGCAGCCUUCGCCCAGGAUUUGGCGCUUGUGAUUCUUCGAAAUUAUAUUUCUUCAAAAUUAAAUCUGUCCGUUACGCAAGACAAUGAUGUGGCUCAUACUCCCUUAAGCAAUGGCUCAUACCCCCGUAAACGCGGCCUCCACAUUACGACGGCAGAAGUGAAGUGAAAUUCUACGCUGGAAUGAUGGACGGCAACUCAGCCAGCUGUGGAAGACGACGACGAACGCGUGAGCAGUGGCACGAGCGCGCGCCGUGGAUUUCGCAGAGAGUUCUCGGUCGGCACGAGGAAUCGCUCUGUGUCCCGCCAAGCGAAGCGUCGCAUUGCUGGGAGCACAGAAAAAGUGGUGCGCCGAAUUGUCGACAUCGUUCCGAUAGCCGCCUAUGCAGCCAGGUACGCAGCACGUCGGCAUCGUCUGCUGAUUCUUAAGAAACUCGGCGAAGGCCACAGUUCCACGGAUGACAUGCUUGCUGAAAUUCGCCGUCAACAACGAACACACCAACGCUGCACCGCGUGCUUAGUGCGGGUGCAGCCCGCCCAUGCCCGCCCGCGUAGCUGGCUAGUGAGGAAGUGAAGCUGGGCGCGACUGCAGCGCCACGAAGGCGCGGGCGGGUGGCGGUUCCGCGCAACGGCACCGAGUGGCCGAGUUUUAAACUGAGGUCUAGUAACGUUGCCCUGAACUAGGGAACAUCCGCUCCGCUUCAAUGGGAAGACUAGCGACGCGGCAGGCAUUGCUCUAUGCAUCGCAUGGAGCCGUUCCAAAGAACAAAUCGCACCGGGCACAAACAACGAAACAAGUUUUUUUUGUGAAAUUCACAGGUACUCCUACAUUUCUCUGUCGCAGUGCACUUGCGGAUGUUAUAAAGCGAACAUGAUCGCAUGGCUAGCACAAGUCAGCUGGAAAAGCCGUAUAUCGCCGAGGAACGGGUACAUGGCAUGAGACUGCGCGCAUUUUCAAACGGCGUGCUGGAGGUAAAGUGCGACAUGGGCGGCCACGAGUUCGAGUGCACGAUCGACAAGCAUCACAGAGUCCGAGCGACCCGCCUGCCACUGGCCAUCGCCUGGGCAGUAUGUGAAGACAUCGAAUGGUCAUCUCUGGAGGAAGCCCUGGCAAAGCUGCCGAAGCGACUCAAGGCGCACCUACUGCGCCGACAGCAGAUCGAAGACACCGAACGCAAGCAUGCGUCGCGCCUAGUCGGCCGCAAACUGCAGACCGCCGGCAGCUACACGUUCGUGAGGAUGGACCUAGCGCUCAGCGUCGAAAUGUGCAGCGGCGUUCUUCGGCUGGAACUGUGGUACGACGACUUCGCGGUGCAUCCUACACGUAUUGCCGUGCACAGCAGGGGUGCGCCCGAGUUCAUAGACUUAGUCACAAAGAAAGGGGAGGACAUAAGGGAACUGAUGGAGAGUGAGCCUCUCGACAAAGCCUGCGACGUGUUGUGCACGUAAUUAGCGGCGCGCUCUUGCCCUGCCGUUUCUGAAGUGCGACACGCGCAACUGGAAUGAACUUUUCUGCGCAGCUGUCGUCGAUGACAGUGAUUUCUUUUCUUGCAAUUUUUGUGCCCGCACUGCGCAAAUAUUGACUGCCGCAUCGCAGCUUGUAAACUUGCGUUGUCAUACCCGGCUAUUUCGGGUGCUAAAUGUGGUGCAGGUCGUCGGACGCUAAACAAGCACGGGGUCGGCGCACAGAACACGCAGCCACACACCGAUAACCAUGACGACCUUCGACGUUGAUAGGACGAAUAAGUUUUAUGGAAAAUAUAUGCAGAUACUCGGCGAGUGGAAACGUGUGUUCACUAAGAAUGUGAUUUCCUAAGUUAAAGUGAGAGAUUGUACCUGUGCGAACAGUGAAACUAGCAAAAUGACUAGGCACUCAUAAACGCAACUAAUUAUUUCUGGUUUAGUUAAAUGUAGUUGGCAACACACAAAGUUGAAAUUGGUUGCUAUUAUUAAUUUUGUGCACUGCAUUUUAUCAUACAUGAGAAUUUUAGGACUAUGAACCAACAGCACCGAGAAAGGUUAACUAAAUAGCACUUGGUUAGUUAAAGUAGUGCAGGGUCGAGCAAGACAAAAGAACACCUUAGUAUUGGGCAAUAAUGGAAGCAGAUCCAACUUGCUCAAGUCAGUGACAACACUGUGUGGUACAUGCAACUAUAAGGAACAAUUUCUGCUUUGUAUAGUCUAACUAAAAAGAAUCAAGCCCCUCAGAUCCCUUUAUUCCUCGAGCUGUGUUACAUACAGGAUUUUACACAAACUUGGGAGAAAGGCAGAUGAACUUUAUUGUCCAAACGGUUUGUUGUGUGAACCGUUGUCGCUGGUAAUAUACUCAGGUGUUGCUUUGAGGCAGGAGAAACAUUACACUAUGCUCAGAAUUUUGAUUCAGAGUUUGUUAGCUUUAUGUAAGGAAUAAUAAAAACAGUACCGUAUCAGUAAACAUGAAGUGUAAUGGGCCCUAGGAAUUGGCAUGCGGUCAGUCUUUAAAGCUACAGGUUAUAGCACUUUCCUGCUUCCUCGUGCUAGCUCAAUAGUAGAGGUGUGUGAAUAUUCUAAAUUUUGAAUACGAAUUGAAUAGUCCCUGCUAUUUGAUUAGAGAAUUCACUAUUUGUAGUUGCCGAAUAUUUGGUUAUUUUGAACAUAUAAGAGAUAACAGCACUUUUUUGUGUCUCCAGGAAGAUAAAAUGAUCGAUGGGACAACUGUUCCGAAUGAUUUUGCUGCGGGGAUAGCUGUCACUGUUGCGUAGAGACACCAGUUCCUGAGCAAAUGCAUGGGACUAAUAACUUGUGCUCAAUAAUUUCUGGUCAUUCAAAAAAGAUGGCUUGCCUUUAGGCAGACUUUAUGCGAACUUGUUCAACAUUAUUAUUUGGCAAGUUUCAGCAUGUUUGCAUCCCUUAGCGCAAUGUGUGGUUGCCGUGGUAUCUCACCUUUCAGUGAAGAGAACACUACAUUCACUUGGUAGAAGACUGUUCUCUUGUUUUAUUACCCUAAAUGCCAUGGUGCUCCAGAUAACUGAAAGCAGACGUUUAUCACAUACAGGCUUGUCGGUUGUCCAGACAUGCAGGCAAUUGUGUACGGCAUUACAUGCAUGUGCCAUGUACAGUUGUGAUCAAUUUGAAGGUGAACAGUCGAGCGGCGACCGAAACUAGGAGCAGCGCCACGUUACGUCAUCACAGUCAGUCAAGAGGGAAACAUCAUAUAGCUUCCCUCUCUCUCUCUUUUGCUGUUCCCUGAGCAGCUGUCACUCCCGUCUAGCAACUUGCAGCUUUUCAUUAUUUUUUUAUGCCCCAGGAAACAGGCAGCGGUACACCGCACAUAUCGUGUUUUGCACAGAGGCGUCCUUGUUAGCAAAGAUAUGCAUGAGGCAGCGACGCACACACAUCCUUGACAUGAAAGGGAAACAAACACAAAAAUUUGGUGACGUAGUCAUGGGGGUCACAGGUGCAGCCUGGAAGAGCAUAAAAGGGGGAGAAAGCAGUGCAAUUUUUUAUCUCCGCAGUUCCGAAAUCGGCCGUUAUGCUGCUUGGAAGGCGCGCCUGUCGAUGCUUGCGCGAUCACCUUCAAAUUUAUCGCGACUGUACAGGGUGUGCCAAUUAUCAUGUGCCAAGUUUUAAAAUAAACACGGAUCAUUCUAUGUGAAUAAGAUGAAGUGCAUAUUCUUGAGAGUCUUAUUGAGAAAUUGCCUGUAAUGUUUUGUCCUUGUCAUCCAAUUAUAUAAUGAAAAAUAAUUAUCUAACUUUUUAAUUGUUUCAUUUGUCAAGAUGUCAAUGAGGCAGUUUAGAGAAUCAUUAAGACGAGUCAAAAUGAGUUGCUUCCAGCAGUGUACACACCAUGCGUUUACUUUUUCCAGCAAAUAGAGAAAGCCCCCAAACUAAUAAAACUACCAUGUGACUGCGCACCGAUGCGUACGAGAUAGCAGUGCCAUCAAGCUGUCCCAUUGCGAAAACAAGCUGUUUAUCCUUUACUGGGCCAAGUUGCAGUCAUGGCUGCAUGCAUGUUCUUUCCACAACACGUGAACAGCUCCUGGCAAGAUCAAGAAAAUGUGCUGCCCUGAAUGGUGAGUGAAUUGAGCAACUUGCUUUCCCAUUGAGACUGCUUGAUGGUGCUGCUAUCCCAUGCACAUGGGGGUGCAGUCACAUAGUACUAAUGCCAUAGCGUUAGAGGUCCCAUGUCACAGAAAAUCCGGUGACCCGCAUCCGGUGUCGACCAUCUUUUCCGUAAAGAUGAUUUUAAACCACGCAUACCCAACCACUCUUCUAUCACCAAAGUUGCUCAUACCUUGGCUUUCAUUCUUCACAGUUCAUUUCAUUUUCAUUUCAUUGACACCAGUUGUUGCUCAUAAUUCUGAGAAAGGUAGCCCACAAACAAAUGUAAUGAAAAAAAAAAAAACACGUAGUGCAUAUCUUUUAUAUUACAUGUUCUGAGACUGAAAUAUAUUAAAAGUGCGAAGCGAUAACAGGAGAUCAACCCACGCAAGAGGCUACGUUUCUAAGAAAAAGCUUGCUUUCGUGCAUAGCGUUCGCCGUCAGCGUUUCCCGGCAAAUGUUACCAUUACACAAGCUACAAUUGCCGGGAAGCAUGAAAAGCAGUCAGGGGUCUUUGAAUGUUAUCGCAUUCCACUCUUAAAGGGCAAAGGUUAGGCAUCCUCCCAACUUUUUUUUUUUUUCGUGUCAUGGGCUGUCUCUGCAUGGUGAAAAAAAGUAAACAUGACAUGUGUACCUUGCUGGAAACGCCUCAUUGUGACUUCUCUUACGAUCCUCUACAAACAUGUAGUUGACACCUUGACAAUAAGGACAAUUACAAUGUUAGAUAGUUGCUUUUGAUAGCAUAAUUUGAUGUGAAGGACUUAAACAUUUUUUGCGGUUUCUCAAUUAGACACUAAAUACGCACAUGCUAUUACUUGCGUAUAAUAAUCUGUUCUUUCAGAACUUGGUGCAGGUUAGUUGAGACAACCUGUACACGGCCAAUUUCUUUUUCGCCGUACUGACUUCAUGCAAACUUGAUAUUUCAUGUUGCUUAAAAAAUGAGAAAAUAUUCUAUGUUCGAUUAAAAGUCAUUUUACUUGAAUAUUUGCAUUUAAUUAGGAAAUUUCACUAUUCAGGAACCCUUACUCAAUAGGCAAUUACUUGUGCGCCCUACACCAUCCAUGUAGCAAAGGCAAGAUUUUACCAAGAGAUUCACAGAAAAGCUUUAUCUAGAUCUAAAGCGACGGUUUCUUUGCCUACACUUGGGUUUGAUGUGGCUGCUCCUGCUGGGCCAGUAUAUUGCCAGAUACUAUAUGGUUAUACGUUAUAUGCAUAAUAAAAGUCAAACUACUAGCUUAUAACAGUUACGUUAGGUCCAAAUUGGGAUUCGCCUCAAUAAUAUGGGACCCUUUCACUAAAAAAGAUGUCAGCCAACUGGGAACUGGUUCAGCGUAAUUCAGUCAGAUUCACUUAUAGAAAAUAUUGAGAGCAAGAUUGUCCCUCCAUUAUAAUGACACAAAAUAAUAUCGAAACGUUGCAAGCAUGUAGAAAAUUUAAUCGCAUCAUGUUUCUUCACAAUUGUCUUUCUGGGGAAACCAAAUUUACAUUACCUUCUUGCAUCCAGCAUAUUUCUAUGAGGAGAACAUGCCACACGCAUGAUUUUUCUCUAGUGCCGUUGUUUGCUAAACAAAUUUAUAUAAGCACAGUUUUUUUCCCACAAAAAAUAUCAGAAUGGAAUUGUGUUCCCCAGAGUAUUUUUCUGUCCCCGGAUUUCGCGAACGAACUAGACCAUUUUCUUUUCCAUUCGUAGGCCUUGUAUUCAAGUGAUGACAUUGUUGUACCUUUUUUUUUGUCUGUGUAAUCACUGUCCUGCUUGGAUUUCAUUAUUGUACCGUAGCCUGUCCUGCAUGGGCCUGCAGUAUUCUCUAAAUAAAAAUAAAAGUAAGCUCCAUCAAACUGGA